AAAAGGUUUACCCAGCCCGAAAAAUAAAAACCCAAUCAUGAGCCACAACGAAGUGCCUUCCGAUGAAUCGAUGGCUGAGAAGCGUGAGUCGAGAGCAAGAUCAUCCGACAGGGAGAUCAGAUGUCUCUUAGAUGACCUCCAUCUGCAGAUGUUUCACCUUAUGGAGGACGAGGAGCUAUUGCAUUUGCAGCUCAACAAGCAGUCAUGUAGAGCUCGAUUGUUCCUGGCCAGGACGAGAUUGCUCCAGGGCUCUGAACGAACUUCUGCGGAGGUCCAAUUGCCUAGAGGACGAUCCUACAAGGCACUCACACGUGUUAUCGAGGUAUCGAAAAACUGGGGCAGCGCUUUGAAGAUCUCGCGACAUCCAGUUGAACCGAUCCUUGGAUAUUUCCGGCCCCUAACAAGUAUCUUCGGAAGUCUGGUGCCUGAAAGCUUACGAUUAGCGAGCCGGCAUUGGUACCACUGCCUGGAUCUGGUUGCAGAAUGUGCGAACAUUCGAAAGGAACUCCAAUCGACGAUCACCUCCAUUAAGAUGCUGCAAUCGGCCCUUGAUUGAAGAUAAUCGUCACAGAUGAUUUUAGAUUGAAGGCAGCCAACCAAAAUGCGAAGUUAAAAGUAAUGCUCUUAAAUAGCAUAGUAGUAUUAUAAUAUAACAUAACAACUUUUUAAGAAUUUCUAUAUAACCGGCUA